AUGUCUGAAUAUAAUAAAGUGCGUGUAGGAAAACUUAAACUCAAAGGAGAAAAAACAAAGUCUAAAAAACGGAAGCAAAAAAAACAAGACAACAAGGAUGAAGAAACUAAAGUUGCUGAAAAUGAUGCUCCUCAACAUGGUGGUUGGUGGAAGGUGAAUUUAUUCUCUGAAAUCACUGGAACAGUUGCUAUAGAAUUCGGUAACCAUACUUACAUAAAAGCGUUAGACAAUGGAUUAUUCACUUUGGGAGCUCCACAUGACGAAGGUGAUGGACCGUCUCCGGAAGAAAUCCUCACUGCAUUUCCAGUAAAUGAAAAUAAAAUAGCCCUCAAGUCUGGCUAUGGAAAAUACGUUGGGAUUGAUAAAAGAGGAGUUGUUGUAGGAAGGAAUGAUGCUGUUGGUGCUAUGGAACAAUGGGAGCCUGUUUUCCAAGAGGGAAAACUUGCAAUUCUAGGUAAUAAUAGCUGUUUUAUGUCAGUGACUGAAGAAGACGAUGUAAUGUGUAACAGCAAAACAGCUGGACCACAAGAAUAUGUUUGUUUGAGAAGUAUGGUCCAACGAAUAGAUGACCCUACCAAAGGUAUACCUAUUGAAGAACAAGGAUCACUUACUGAAGUUGAAGUUAAUUAUGUCCGAAAGUUUCAAAAAUUCCAAGAUAAAAAGCUAAGGAUAAACACCGAAGAUCGAAGCAAAUUAGCGACUGCUAAAGCUGAAGGAAUUUUACACGAAACUUUACUCGAUAGAAGGAGUAAAAUGAAAGCAGACAGAUAUUGUAAAUAA